UUGCCAAAUAUAGCUUCAACCUCUCGUGUCUCCCUAUCACACACUCACCGCCAAGCAGAGAGAUCUGAGAAGCAAGAAACGGUAAAAAACAGAUACAUUUUGUUAUUUGCAAAUCUUACAUUUCUAUGAGUCCAUCGCAAAACCAGGAGUUUCAAGAAUGGUGGAACAAACAACGCCAGUUUCUAGACCAAAACGACAACGCAUUGCUCACCGUCGAGAUCCGCAGUCCUGCCACAGUCGAUACUACCGUCGACAAAGACCACACCCGUAGCGCUCGCCAAUUGUCCUGGCUUUGGAUUCUUAAAUUCCAACAACUCGCUACCUCCCUCGCGUGGCUAACAAACGGUUUGUUUUAUCUCCUCCGCACCGCCAAUCGGAGGAUCGCUAGCCAUGACUCGCCUUCUGAUUCAUCCUCCUCGCGGUUGUAUAGAAUCAUUAGAGUGUUCUUGAUUCUUAUCAUUUUGUUACUGUGUUUUGAGUUGCUUGCGUAUUUUAAAGGAUGGCAUUUCAGUCCGCCGUCAGUGGAGUCCGCGGAGCUUAUGGUGGAGAGAGUGUACGCUAAAUGGUUGGAAAUCAGAGCGAAUUACUUGGCGCCGCCGUUGCAGAGCUUGGCCAAUGUGUGCAUCGUUCUGUUCUUGAUACAGUCGGUGGAUCGUGCCGUUUUGGUGUUGGGGUGUUUUUGGAUCAGGGUUAGGAAAUUGAAGCCGGCAGCGACAGUGGAGUAUGGGAAUGUGAAUGGAGAGAAUGUGGAGGAUUAUCCCAUGGUGUUGGUGCAGAUCCCUAUGUGCAAUGAGAGGGAGGUUUAUCAACAAUCUAUUGCGGCAGUUUGUAUCCAGGAUUGGCCAAAGGAGAGAAUGCUUGUACAGGUGUUAGAUGAUUCUGAUGAAUUAAAUGUUCAACUCCUUAUCAAGGCAGAAGUGCAGAAAUGGCAACAAAGGGGUGUGCACAUAUUGUAUAGACAUCGUCUUAUACGCACAGGCUACAAGGCAGGAAACCUCAAAUCUGCAAUGAGCUGUGACUAUGUAAAAGAUUAUGAAUUUGUGGCCAUCUUUGAUGCAGAUUUUCAGCCAGGACCUGAUUUCUUGAAGAAAACUAUUCCUUACUUCAAGGGAAACGAUGAUCUAGCACUGGUCCAAACAAGGUGGACCUUUGUAAACAAGGAUGAGAACUUGCUGACCAGACUUCAGAAUAUAAACUUAUCAUUCCACUUUGAAGUUGAGCAACAGGUCAAUGGUGUUUUCAUAAACUUUUUUGGUUUUAAUGGAACUGCUGGUGUAUGGAGGACUAAAGCCCUUGAGGAAUGUGGUGGUUGGAUGGAACGGACAACUGUUGAAGACAUGGAUAUUGCUGUCCGCGCUCACCUUUGUGGAUGGAAGUUUAUAUAUCUGAAUGAUGUUAAGUGCCUUUGUGAACUUCCAGAGUCCUAUGAAGCAUACAAAAAACAGCAGCAUCGCUGGCAUUCAGGUCCAAUGCAAUUGUUUCGCUUGUGUUUCUUUGACAUACUUCGCUCAAAGGUUAGUUUUGGCAAGAAAGCAAAUCUGAUAUUUCUUUUCUUCCUACUACGGAAGCUUAUCCUACCUUUUUAUUCCUUCACACUCUUCUGCAUCAUACUACCACUUACCAUGUUCAUGCCAGAAGCUCAAUUACCAGCCUGGGUUGUUUGUUAUAUCCCGGGCAUUAUGUCUAUCUUGAAUAUCCUUCCAGCACCACGGUCAUUCCCAUUUAUAGUCCCCUACCUUUUAUUUGAAAACACCAUGUCUGUGACCAAAUUCAAUGCAAUGAUAUCGGGAUUGUUUCGAUUUGGAAGUUCUUACGAGUGGAUAGUUACAAAGAAGUUAGGGAGAUCAUCAGAGGCGGACUUGGUUGCCUUUGCAGAAAAGGAAUCAGAUCCUCUAGUUGAAACUAGUGGUCUCCACCGAUCUUCCUCAGAUCCUGGCUUGAAUGAGCUGAACAAGCUGGAGUCCACCAAGAAAGCAGUGAAAAAGAGAAAAAAUCGUUUGUACAGGAAAGAACUUGGUCUGGCAUUGAUUCUAUUAACAGCCUCAGUGAGGAGCUUAUUAUCUGCACAAGGAAUUCACUUUUACUUCUUACUAUUUCAAGGGAUCAGUUUCCUAGUUGUCGGUCUUGAUUUGAUCGGGGAACAGGUUAGUUAACAAUGAGUUUCCAGUAUUCUAAUAUUCAUGAAAGAUCUCUCGAGGGAUUUGGACUUGCACAGUGAUGCAGUCACCGUUAUGAUUACUCGUAUAGAUGCAUCCCACAAUUUGUAUAUUAGAGACCUCACCAUUGGAACAUGUUCAUUGGGUUCUUAGCACUGGGUUAAAGCAAUUUCAUUCAUUUAUGCUCGGCGCAAAAAAGAUUGUAGUUUACUUAUUCACUCAUUGGUUGAAGGACCAUUGUGUCAUCGUGGUUGUUGGUAGUACAAUAUUCUUGGUUACUGCAGAAUUGUUUCAGAAUGUUGGAGGCGAGGUAAGUGUCAAAAUUGAUUUUCCUAUCAUGUUUGUCCAUUUUAUAGUUGCAUAGAGUUACAGAAGUGUACACUUGCAAAUGUCAUCUUACAUGUCUUUUUCAUUUUUUUGAAGCUUCAUAGUUUACAAAUUACAAGCAAUGUAAACCCUUAGUGUCAAUGUUAAAAUUUCACUCGUGUUACAACAUUUGUCAUUCUAUGUAAGACGAUUAGGAAUGGAUUCACAUCAUUCAGAGAGUUUUUGAAAUGGUGUAUUAAUGACCAUGGCCCUUGUUGAGAUUAAUGUUUUUGUAAUUUAUACUUUU